GGAAAGUAGGAAAAUAAUAUUUCACAGUUAUUUUUCUGUUUUCAAUUUGAUCUCGUUAUUAAUUUUUAAUUUAUGUAAAUUAACAUUGUUUAAUUUAUUAGUUUCCACUUUUACUGGAAUUAUUAAUCUUCCACAGCCUUGGAUAAUGCAAUGUUGAAAAAAGUAUGUACAUACAUUGUUAAGAUUCAGAAGGACAUUCAUACAUUUUUAUACCUGUUUUGAUUUCUUUUUUUCAUUUUUUUUUUUGAAAGGAUUAUACAAGUAUAAUAAAAUUGAAUUAAAUUGGUUUUCAGUUGUUAUAAUUUUAAAUCAUCUGAAAAACAGACAAUGUAUAUCAUCCCAAUUCUCUAAUAGUACCUGAUGAGAUAAUUGUCACACAAAUUACCUUUCAAAUGUUGAAAGUCAUACAGAUGGGCAUACAAGCUUUCAUGGUUUUAGCCUCGAAGGUAUGGGCUUGCAUAUGCUUCCUAAUAAAACGGCAAAUAAAAACUGUAAGUUUUCAAUAUCACCAAACUGUACCUAAAUAGUUAUUAUUGUCAUUAAUAUAUACUAUAUAUUAUUGCAUGUAAUCAUAAAACCAUACGUUAAAUAUAAUUUUUUUUUUUUUUAUUUUUCUAAAAUUAAAUUAAAAAGUUUAAAUUUCAAUUAAUAUUUUAAUAUCUACUUAGCGAUGGUUUUUUGCUUUCAGUGCAUUUUUUAAUGAGGAUAAUAUACUCAUUUCAUAUAAUAUGAUAUGUAUACUUGUAAUAUUAUUACGUUUGUCACAUUAAAUUUUUUCUUUCACUAUAUUAUACUGGGUGAUCAAUCUAUUGUAAGACAUCUCGGUGUUGAAACUUUUGAUUUCCGUCAAUCUGUUGACAAGGUAUUCGACUUUUAAGUUUAGGUUGGGGGAAAGUGGUGGAGCAUUAUUAACACGCCAUGCACCAUACUACCACACAAAUGAUACUCCACUACUCUAACCAAAACUUAAAAGUAGAAUAUCUCGUCAAUGGACUGACGGAAAUCAAAAAUUUCAACACCGGAAAUUUAUUUUAACUAAUACUUCGUCAUUUUAUGGACAUUUUAAUACAGUUUGCCAUUUGAAAAUCAAAAGUAAAUAGUGGUUUUACCCCAAAAAAUAACAUAAAUAUAAAUUUGUUGAGCAGCUUGUUUCUUUAAUGUUCUAGAAAAUAAAUGCCGGAAAAAGUUAAUCCUCUCUAAAAUAAUGACUGUUUUAUAACAGAUUGAUCACCACGUGUAUUCCCCUUAAAAGUAAUAUACACUUAUUUUAAUGAGUUGUUGGUAACUAUGUGGUUUUUUUUUUUUGGCAAACUACUAAUUUAUAAUAAAUAUGAACAUGUUUCCUAAGAUGUAAUAUUGUCAAAAUGAGUAUUAAACAUACCUAAUAUUUACUCAAAAAUUAAACAACUAUUAUUUAACUUUUAUUUUGUCUGUAUUCCCUAAAAUGUACUUUAAUUCAUUUGAAAUAAUAAAAUAUUAUGUACAUACUAUAUACAAGUUAGAUUUAAGGCAUUAUUUUAAAAACAUUCAUAUAUAUUGACUAAAAAUUAAAAUUAUUCUUAUCUUAAAAUUAUAUUGCCUAUUUACAACACUUACUUGGAUAAACUGCCACUUAGAUUAUAUACAAAAAUGUGUACAUUUAUCUCAAUAGCAUUGAGUAUCAUACUAAUUUAAAUAUGCAUUUAAUAUUUUAAUCAUUUUUUAAUAGCUGUAUUUUAAUAGAAUAAAGUUGUAUAAAAACAUAUCGCAAUGCAAUUUUCAAUAUUUAGUUUUGUAUGCAAAUAAAAAUGAUUGCCUUUGUUUGUUCUUGAUUCCGGUCAAAUCAAUAGACAUAAAUCUUAUCUAAAUGUCAAUAAUCUUAAAUAACAAUAAACAAUAAAAUUAAUAUAUUUGUUAAAUAUUAAAAUUUGUUUUUACUUAGAUUCAAAUUAAAAAUCUAUAAAAAAAAAAAAUAAUAAUAAUAAAUAAAUGCAAAUAUCAAGAUGAAUAUUGCUAAUAAAUAUUUUGUUAUUACUGUUAAAAACUAUAAAUAUUUAAUUACAGGUCCGCCAAUAUCAACCUGUUAAAUAUGGAGUAUUCCCGUUAUUACCAUUAUCCAGGCAUAGAUUAAGUAUGUAACUCAUAAUAGAAAUAACACAUUAUAUCAAAUAAAAUAAUUAUACCUUCUCUAUGAACUUAGGUAUGGUCAAGCGAAAAGUUUUGGUGCUAGAUUUAGAUGAGACAUUAAUCCAUUCUCACCAUGAAGGGGUCCUACGCCAUCCGGCUAAACCAGAAAUGCCACCAGAUUUUAUUUUAAAAGUUACCAUUGAACGACACCCUGUACGAUUUUACGUUCAUAAGAGGCCACAUGUAGAUUUCUUUUUGGAUGUUGUAAGUUUAUAAAAUCGUCAAUACUUUCUACACAAAUUUAUAUUAUAUAUAGUAUACAAUAAAGUUGAAGAGGUAGCUUUUUUUGCACCUUGUUUUUCAUACUUUGGGAAACUGUACAAUAACUUACAGAUGUUUUAAUAUGAUUCCACAUAACUAAUUAGUUAAUAAACUUUUGGAAAAUUUAAUAACCUUUUUAUAAAAAAGAUUUUAACUAAUUAUUUCAGUACUUAUCAAGCUUAUCUUUUCAGUAAUUAUCACUUAAUUCUUAUUUUAUAUGAUGGUACCUUUUUCAUGCUUACAUGUUACUUAAUAUAGGUUUCAAAAUGGUAUGAACUGGUAGUGUUUACUGCAAGUAUGCAAAUUUAUGGUGCUGCAGUUGCCGAUAAAUUGGAUAAUCGAAGAGGCAUAUUAAAAAGACGAUUUUAUAGACAACAUUGUACACCUGAAAUGGGUUCUUAUACUAAAGAUUUGACAUCUGUUUCAAAUGACCUGUCAAGUGUAUUUAUACUGGAUAAUUCACCAGCAGCAUAUCGAGCAUUUCCUGGUAAUUGUACAAUUUUAUUUUGUGUUCAAGUAUAUUACAUUAUACAUUUUUGUGUACACUCUUUCCAGACAAUGCGAUACCAAUAAAAUCAUGGUUUUCUGAUACUUCCGAUACUGCACUAUUAAACCUCUUGCCAAUGUUGGAUGCACUACGGUUUACAGAUGACGUCCGGAGUGUACUAAGUAGAAAUUUACAUAAUCAUAAUUUAUGGCAAUGAUCUGAUUCAAAUAAAACUUGUUGAAAUUCUAAUUGAAUAAUUUUCUGACUUAUUUCGAUAAAUAUUAACUAACUUAACUGACUUAAAGCGCAAAAAUUGAAUUUAUACUAGUAUAAAACAUAUUACUUAAUAAAUAAUAAGGGUAAUACCCCACAUUUUUUCAAGCAUCAAUACAAGUUUUUUUUUAUUUUUUUUUUUUGCCCCCAUGUGUUGUGAAAAAAUAUAUUUAUCAAAUGGUGAAUUAUUAAUUUGUUGUUUUUUUUAUAAAAACAGAUGAACUAUCUUUAUAUAUAGAUUUUCUAAAAGAUCAUAUACAUAAUUGUUGUACAAUUUACUAAAUUUCUAGUCUCUGCUAUCUGUAAUAUGUACUUUACAAUACUGAUAUACAGUAAAGUGAAGUAAAUGACUGGUUGUACACUUAUCAAGUUGUUUUGGUAUUUAUAAUUAAUAUUUAUUUUUCAACAGUCAUAAAUCCGCAAUAUUAAAUAAACUUACUAUAAAUUGAUGUUAAUAACCAUAGAUUACUUUCUAUACUAUAUUUUAUAAUGUUAUUGUUAAUUGUGUUUGUUGGAUUUCAAAUUCAAAUGCAUAUCUUAGUAUUUAAAAUUUGAAGAAAAAAAUAUGUGUUUCAUAUUAUAAAAUACUGAAAGUAUGUAUAAUUUUCAAUUUUUAAGAAUACUGAUGAAACUAUAAGUCAUUUUUGUUAGUUUUUAUAAAUAAGGAAAUAAUUUAGGUGAAUUUUUUGUUUCAAUAUUGUUUUUGAACCAAUAAUUUGUGAUAUAAUUUAUCAUUAGACUCCCAUAGUCUGGUAUUAAUGUACAAAUAUUUAAUAAUACUACCUAUUUAAUUUAUAAUAUGAAUUAAUUUUGGUACCUAGCCAAUACUUAAUUAAGCAAGUAUACCGUUUGUAAUAAAUUUUUUUUUUUGGAGAUUAAAAUACAAGUUUAAUAAUUUCAACAGUCCACCCGUAAAUAAAUAAAAAAUGUAUAAAAAAAAAACCUAAAUGUGUUGUUUAAUAAUACCAGUAAUAUGUCACUAUAAUGUUUAUAAAGCCAUAGGACACACGUGUAAUUAUAAUUUAACUGUAGUAAUUGAUUUAGUAAAUAGGUAGAUUACUUUAAUAUUGUAUUGUUAAAUAUUAUUUAGUAUUGUGUUAAGUGUGUGUACUCAUUGAUAGUUAUCAAAUAUUUUCUUUAAAUGUAAUAUAAUAAAUCUAAAUAAAAAUGUAUAAACACAUUAUGUAAUUUAUGUUUACAGAAUAUGUCCCAUAAUAUUCUAUGGAUUUUUAUCCAAAUUAAAUUUUUAUUUUCACCUACUAAUCACUUAGAAAAAAAAAAACAUUUGUUUAAAAUAAUAUCUAUUGUAAAUUGGCUAUUUUUAAGAAGUUAACAAAUAAAAAGUUAUUUUUUUCAAGUGAUUAAGGAGUGAUACUACAAAUUUUAAAUUAACAGAAAUAUAAAAAUCAAUAGAACAUAGUGGGACACUGUAUACGCAUUAAAACCUUUUUUAGAAAAUAAAAUGUAAUAAUUGUCAUUUAGUACUUAAUACCACCUAACUGUGAUGUAAAUAUAGAUUUAAUUUGAUUUUAUGAUUUAUGUACAUACAAUUAGUUAAUUUAUAAUAACUAUAGUAAAUGAAAUUUAAUGCAGUUUUAAUAGUAAAAUAACAAUAAUUUAUAUUUGUUUUUGCUAAUAUUGCAUAUAUUUUAUUGAUGUUUUCUAAAUUAUUUUCAGUUGUCAUAAUAUUUGUCUACUUAAUAUAAUAUAUAUAUUUUGGACCAUUCAUUUUUGUUACUUGUGAUAACUGCAUUUAUAUGUACAAGUUAUUAAAUCUAAUACACAUACAGAUUAAUCAAAAUGUUUAAAUAUUUUAAGAUGUUUAUCCGAGAUAAUUUAAAAAUAUUUUGUAUCCAAUUUUGAACAUGACAGUUAUCUAAUUAACAUUGCAAAUGGUAUUAAUUUUAAAAAAUACUCUUUUUACUCAAAUAACUAUUUUUGUUGUUCAACUUGUGUAUAAUGUAAUGUCACUUUAACAAAAAAUACAAAAUACCUACGUCUAAAUAAGAAAAUCAAUGAACAUAAAUUGUAUUUCUUGAUUUUUCAUAAAACUAAUCACUUACAAUUGUUUUGUUUUGUUUUUUUUUUUUUUUUUGUGCGUGUUUUUAAUUCACUGGGUAAUUUUUUAAUUAUAGUAUAACAUGAA